UCGUGUUUGUGCGUACCACUGAUACUAGUCAAUCGGCUACCGGCGCGGUCGCGCUCCAAAACAAACACUCGACAGUGGGAAGGGAAGGGAAGGAGAGUCUAGCAGGCGGAAAGAAUGGUGUCCCGCGCUGGGUUCGCCUCCCUCCUCGGCGCCUCCUUCCUCCUGCUCCUCCUGCGCAGCGCCGAGCCGCUCGGGUUCAACCACCGCCCGACGACCGCCGGCGACGAGCUCUCGGCCGCCCCGAGCAGAUACCUGACGCGGGAGGAGCGCUGGAUGAGCCAGCGCCUGGACCACUUCUCCCCCACCGACCAUCGUCAAUUCAAGCAGCGCUACUUCGAGUUCCUGGACUACCACGACGACCCCACCGGCCCGGUGUUCCUGCGCAUCUGCGGCGAGUCCUCCUGCGACGGCCUCCCCAACGACUACCUGGCCGUCAUCGCCAAGAAGUUCGGCGCCGCGGUGGUGACGCCGGAGCACCGGUACUACGGCAAGAGCUCCCCGUUCGACAGCCUCACCACCGACAACCUCAGGUUCCUCUCGUCCAAGCAGGCGCUCUUCGACCUCGCCGUCUUCCGCCAGCAUUACCAGGAAAAACUGAAUUCUCAGUACAACCGGAGCGCGGGGUUCGACAAUCCGUGGUUCGUCUUCGGGGUCUCCUACUCCGGGGCUCUCAGCGCAUGGUUCAGGCUCAAGUUCCCACAGCUGACAUGCGGAAGCCUCGCGAGCUCCGGGGUGGUUCUUGCUGUGUACAACUUCACUGAUUUCGACAAGCAGGUCGGAGUGUCGGCUGGCCCUGAGUGCAAAGCUGCCCUCCAGGAAAUAACUAGACUUGUCGACGAACAGCUUCGGUCGGAUAGCCACUCGGUGAAGGCCUUGUUCGGAGCGGACUCGUUGAAAAAUGACGGUGACUUCCUCUUUCUACUGGCAGAUGCAGCAGCCACAACAUUCCAGUAUGGGAAUCCUGAUGCCUUGUGCUCUCCUCUAGCAAAUGCGAAGAAAAAGGGGGAAAGUUUGGUGGAAACAUAUGCUCACUUUGUGAAAGAUUACUUUGUUAAAAAAUUGGGGACUACAGUAUCUUCUUAUGAUCAAGAGUAUUUGAAGGAGACAACUCCCGAUGAUUCUAGUUCUAGGCUUUGGUGGUUCCAAGUUUGCAGUGAAGUUGCCUAUUUUCAAGUCGCACCCAAAAAUGAUAGUGUUCGUUCUGCGCAGGUCAAUACAAGGUACAAUUUGGACCUGUGUAAAAAUGUUUAUGGAGAAGGAGUUUAUCCUGAUGUGUUCAUGACAAACUUAUAUUAUGGAGGCACAAGUAUUGCCGCUUCUAAAAUUGUGUUUACAAAUGGCUCUCAAGAUCCAUGGCGUCAUGCCUCCAAACAGAAGUCAUCGGAAGACAUGCCAUCAUACAUAAUCAAAUGUAGCAACUGCGGACAUGGCACUGAUUUGAGAGGAUGUCCCCAGCUUCCUUUCAGGAUUGAAGGUGACUCUUCAAACUGCACGUCCCCAGAAGCUGUGAACAUAGUAAGGAAGCAGAUCGUCAAGAACAUCGACCUGUGGCUAUCACAAUGCCAUGAACCAACAAGGACGUGGUGAGGUGACGAUGACUGGCACCUGUUUAGGAGGAGUAAAAGAAGCAUUGUGUAGAGGAAGGACCGAUUGCAAGUUUGCGACAUCGUUAUGCUGCAGACCGAGUGAACCAUAUGCGGAUUGAGCAGCCAGUCCCCGGCCUGGAUGCGAUUGCGCGCAGGUUUGUUUGGAUUAUCACAAACGGUAGAAAGUUGUGUUUGUACUGCGGCCGACUAGAGCCAUCAUGGCAACUUUGUCGAGUUCAAAUAAUCAUAUACAUCGUUCAUGAGGCUUUUAAGAAUAAAGGUAGGGGGUUCUUCAAA